AUGGUAGCCGCUUCGACCUUGCGGGCCGCGGCGGCCCGGCCUGGCACGAAUGCUUCUGCUGGUGCCCGUCGACGCAUUGCCAGGGAUCAGCUCGAGUCGCUCCUCAUGCCAGCUGCCAAGGCCUACCUGCUUGGCUAUAUCAUGGACAUCUUACCCGCCAUCCUCAAGGCUCUCAUCCGAUUCGUCACCACCGAGCUCAAACGUAUCCGCGCCUCUGAAAAGCGGCUUAUCGAGGAACGCAAGAUUGCGAAAGAGUCGGGUCAACCACGCUCCAAAACUGGCUGGUUGCACGGUCUCAAACCUAUCCUGCCUAGCUUCUAUAGACUGCCUACGCUGCUGCAGGCCAUUGCAAAGGCGUUGCUGGUUGCGUUGGGGUCGGAUGGAAUGGCGACCAGCUGUUUCCUUGCCAUGGCUGGUUGGAGGAUCUCGGAGACGCUCGUCUGGUGGCCCAUUGCCAAGUACUAUGCACUCAAGCUCGCCAACCCGGCCACAUCAUCUCAAGCUCACACGCUUCGUGCGCUGCAACACGCUCGCAUUGCUUCCACGUUUGUCGCCUCGUCGAUCAGCUCGGCGCUGGCAAUGAUGAUGUUACAGCACAAGAGUCAGGCAGCUCUGCAAGCAAAACAGGCGGCGGCUGUGAACAACGCCGCUGGUAAUGUUCCCCCACUUCUCACCAUCGACACUACGCCAGGCUGGAUCCCCAAAAGUUUGCGUCGUUCGAACCUGGGUUUCUUGGGUAGGAGGCUCAACAACACCACGUCUACGCCUCGCAUCGCUAGCUUGGCUCCCGCUGGCCACUUCCUUUCGCGGCUCACGAGUCUUACCGUCCCCGGCACUCCAUCCCCUCAUCUUAGCAAUAACUCUGGCGUCAGCCCAAACAUACCUUCCAGUCCAGAUCCAAGAGCGCCUUCCUCUCCGUCAGCCACCUUGCAGCCGCUCCCAAAGAUCUCCUCGGAUGACGUGUCUGCCCCGCCGGUCUCACCGCUUCCCUCGGCAACUCAGCUAUCUCCGAAUGAGCCGGUGCAACCCCAGUCGAAGCCAGCGCUGGGCCGACCGAGCCCUACCAUCGACUUGACGCUGUUCGCGCUGGUCCGAGGCAUGGAUACACUCGUCCGUGCCCUUGCUGUCCCCGCAGCUGCAUCUAAAGAUCGCCUGCGCACGUCCACCAUCGGUUCGCCCUCCAACGCUAAGGCACAAUCAUCCUGGGGUCGCACGCUCCUGCGCCGCGUCGCGCUCGGCAUGGCAGACCAGGCAGAGGGGCUCAUCUUUGUCGUUUGCUGUGCCCAGAUCAUGUGGGCGUGGUUCUAUCAUCCCGAGCGGCUGCCGCCUACGUACGUCAAGUGGAUCACUAACCUCGCGACGAUGGACGAGCGUCUGCUGCUGGCGCUGCGAUGCAUCCGUACGGGCAAGCCGUUGGCGUGGGACUACGGAAGCAAGACCAUGGCGCCCGAAGGUGUGCAUCUGGUGGCGAGCUUGGCCGAGGAGCUGGGUCUUCCGUAUGAGUGGGGCGAUCCAACCAGGUUGCCCAACACAGCCGCCGAGGCGCGACAGAUGGUUGCAAAGGCGAGGGCGGCGCGAGCUGCAGGAGAUGGUGCACAGCCUGAGGCUGCGGAAAAGGGACCGAACCCGGGGUACGUGCUCAACGGGGCCGUGGGACCGCGCGGACGCGGCGAGAUGGGCGGCAUGCCGUGCGAGUUGGUGCACUGCGGGACGGGUGGAGGCAACUGCUACAAGAACGCGCUCUACCGCUGGAUCCGAGGCUGGCGCAUGAGCAUGGCCAUCUACUUCCCCGUCCACCUUCUGCCGCGUCUGCUCUUCAACCCGCGCGGCUUCCUCUCCUCGCCCCUACCCAACCUCAUCAAGGUCCUCAUGGGCGCAGCCCGAUCCGCCGCCUUCCUCGCCACCUACAUCGUCGGCAACUGGUUCCCCAUCUGCCUCGCGCGCUCCGCUCUGCUGCCACGGCUGUUCCCCUCCGUACCCUUCAGCUUCUGGGACGCUGGGCUGGGGCCUGGGCUCGGAAGCAUCGCGUGUGGGUUCAGCAUCUUUAUCGAAGAGAAGAGGAAGCGCGCGGAGAUGGCGUUGUACGUGGCGCCAAGGGCCCUGUUCGCUAUGGUCGAGGGUGCGAAACCGAACUGGUUGAGUCAGGGCGAGCAGACGGCGCUGUGGGCCGAGAGAUUGACAUUUGGUGCGGCUGUGGGUACGGUGGUGGCGGCUGCAAGGUACAGGCCGGAUCUGCUGAGGGGGAUCACGGCGGCGAUGGGAUGGGUGGCGAGGCCACCGGGUCUGCCUGCUUCGGGGAGGAACUACGCCAGGAGUGCCAAUUGA